GCGGCACCCCACCCUUAGAGCGAAGCAGUCGACCGUCUUCUGGCUCCGGGACGAGCCGCAGUGUCGUGACAGCAAGUAAUACUAAACCAAGUUCGAAGAAGAGCAAACAGUCCUACAAAAAAACGCCUCCAGGCUCGCAGAGAGGCAAGAGCACCAGGUCAAGAAGCGGCAGUAGAAAUUUUAUCCCAGGAAGCGGGGAGGGUGAAUACAGAAACGCCUUACAAUAUGCAAGUGUCUGGAUUGAAAUCGACAAAGUUGAAAUGAUUUGCCAUGCAUAAAAUGGAUGCCAGUUGGAGCCCAGUCCCCAAGAGGCGCAUGACAAAUUUUAGUGGUGCAUAAAUCCAGUCUGUAAUGCUGUUUGGGUAAAGAAGACGCCUUUUGUGAUGCUACUUUAGCAGCUCUAUUUCGACCUUUCAAGAGGCUUGCGAUCUGCCUCCCUUGCCUACUCUGCAAGGCAGGCGCUUUGUGGGUUGCAUUUUACGCAUCGCAAGCUAUUUCAACUUUGACGAUUUCAAUCCUGACGCUUCCAUAUACAAAACAACUCAAACUCUCCUCUCCGCACACGGUUGCCGACGAUGAGCCAACUAAGGACGGUGAGCCGGCGGCGCGAGCUGGAUUUGGCUAUCGAAAGGAAAAAUCCCCCUUCCCCAUAUCAAAACGGAAUUUCUGAUGCUGGACCUGUGAACGCAAAGCAGCUCUGUAUUGCUGGAAGGCAUUGCGGCCAGAUCCCCAGGCUAGGUCGGGGCGUACGGGUCUAGUUGUUCAGCAUGGCAAACGGCUCCCCUUUAGGCCCAACAGCAUGACAAAUCGCUCCCAUAAUGGGGCGGAAGCUUCUGCCCUUGGUCUCUUGCAAGACAAAUGUGAUUUGUGACCUCAAAUCAGCAAUGCAAAUUUUCGGAAACGUACUUUUUCAAUAUGGGGAGGGGGCAUUUUUCAUUGUAAUAUUGGCCGGGUUUUCCUUUAGUCGGAUGGAGGGCUACAAAUUCGCAGAGGGGUUGGCGCUCGAAACCAAGAGGAAGGACCUGGAUGAAGAAGACGCUGCUGGUAUCCUAUGUAAAAGCGUCUCCACCCCAUAGUCAAGAUGGAAAACCGGCUAGACAAAUCCACAAGUUUUGGCUGUUUUGCAUGACAAUUUUGGACUCGUAGCGUAGUGCUGUUUGAGCUAGCUCAGCAGCAUAAGAGAUCUAGUAUAUCAUCCGCAUUCGAGCAUGACAAAUUGCAGAACACGACUAGAAAAUGCUUCUCAUGGAGUUCCGCAUGAGAAACAUUCUGAGCAUGCAGAUUUGCAUUUUUACAACUCUGGGGUGGGAACGUUUUUCCUCAGGAUAGCUGCUGGUGCGGGGGCAGCAGAAGAGGAUCAGGAUUUGGCGCUGCAAAAUAGAGAUGGAAGCGGCGGCGAGAAAAGGAAUAAAGCGACUGACGAGGAAGGCACGACGGGGAAAAAUCAGAAACAGAAGCAGGAACAAUCUGAGCCCUGGGUCCGGAUCGAUUUCGUGGAUGUUGUAUGCAUUGCAAAAGUACAAUGCAGUAUCGCACUACACACACAUAGGAGAACUUGCAUCGCAAUAAAUUUUGAUUUCCAGAAGGACAAAUGAAGUUUGUCCUUCUACUGGUUCUGCCCGACCAGGCCAGUCAUGCAUCUGAUUGCAAUCACAAGUUCCUUACAGUUAGAGAAGUGCUGUGGCGGUACUUUUGCUCAGGAUAUCCAGCGAAAUUCCUCCUUUCCGACGGCACGCGGCUACUGCUUUUGUACCUAGGCAUCGCGGUGGCAAACAUUUUAUGCACCGCAAAUAUAAAAAUUUUGAUUACGUCUGGCUUCAGAUUCUUGAUGCGAAAUUCAAAAGACAACUGCAUGCAUGCUUUUUUCUCUUGCUGGAAGCCAGUUUCUAGUGAAGCUGCAAAAGUAUGUAAGCCUGCUUGCCAACCUCGUACGCUGUCAUCCCGUAUAAAAAGCGGCUACAACAACUCUGCGAUCGAAGCUUCAUUAGAUGCAAAUAGAAUUUUCAACAGGAGCGCAAGACAUUAUAUUUGCAAUGCAUACAUUUCUAUCAACUGUAAAAAUGUCUGGGUCUGGAAGAUUCUGACACUUGUCAUGCACGUUUUGCAUGAGCCAUGAUGUCUGUGAUGCACCCCCUAGCACUACAGAUUUUUUGAGGGCUUCUUGAUGCGUAUUCCGCAUGACAAAUGCCUUCUCAGCGUGGCAAAAAUUGCCUUUCCUUUGGUACUGAUGCAAUACAAAUUUUUUGGGAAUCCAAAUGCAGCAUCACAAGUUGCAUUCUUCCAGACCCAGACAUUUUUACAUUUGAUAAUUUCCAUCGCGGGUUUCGUGCAAUUUUUUCCGCUCUAUGAUUUUUUGUUUGAAACCUUCGGUUAUCAAAUGCAAAUAUGUCUUGGUCUGGGAAUCUGUGAUGCUGGAUUGCGCACGAUGACAACGCUUGCAAUGGCAGCCCAGCAUGACAAGCUUUCGGAACGCUUUCUGAUACCCAAGACGCAUUACAAAUUGCGUUAGUGCAUGACAAGGAAAGCAGCUGCCCACUUGCUGUUCAUGCAACACAGAUUUUGCGGGAAUGCAAGACGCGCAUUACAAGUUCCACCUUUUCAGACGCAGACAUAUUUGCAAUCGAUAUCGGGAUUGGUUUCUACACGUUCCCGCUGCCCUUGACGGUCGGGCUGGUUACCGGCUACAGCUACACGAAUUUCAUGAUCCUGCUUUUGGAAUGGAAAAAGACGGUCGCGUUCUACGCUCUCAUUUUAACCACCUUCUGCUUAUCGCGAGAAAAUACUUAGUAAAACAGCGGUCUCAAAACUGUUGCCGACUCAGCAACACAAAGUCGGGCAGCAUGAUGACACAGAAAAUGACCUGGGAUGCGUCAAAACACAUAGGAACAAAUAAAACGCAUUUCUACUUGCCUGGCGAGCAUGAUAAGAAAGUGACUUCAGCACAACAACUCUUCGCAUCAAAAAGUUGAGACGGAGUAGACGGUUUUUUCUGGCGAUAAUGCUUUCUCAUUUUUCACUGGUUCGGCCACGUGAAUUACGACUUCCUCGUGGCGAGUCGCGUUGGCGAAGUGGAGCAGAGAGUGAGUACAGCAGCAGCGUCUGCUGCUGGUGUUCCCACUCCGGCAAAGAAGGAAAAGAUCCACCUCGUUACGGAGAACGAGCUGUCUCUCGCAUAUAAGAUUUCGCCGUUUCGGUUUGAACAUGUGUCAGAAUUCGGGUACGAAACACAGGCGAACUGGUGCACCAGCUUGGUCUAUAUGCAAUACAAAUUUAAUUUCCCCAUCCCGUACACGUUCUUGUACAAAAUGCAUCAUAAAUUUCGCCAAUGUGGGGUGUCGUGCCACUUGCCGUGCUAAAGAACUAGGAUCGAGGCUAAGUUUUGUCAUGCAGAGACGGCAUUUUGUACCUGUUGUACGGGAAAUUAUUUCCUGUGGAUACUCUAUGCGGUGGCGAUCGGACUGGCGUUCGCUGUCUUGUACGAGCACUACCUGACCAACACCGCCAUGGCAAAGCACUACUUCUUGCUGAAGCGGCAGGCAAAAAGGGUGCUGAACCAGAUGGAUUUCGCCAAAAAAAAAGCGGAGAAGCGAGAGUUCUACAGACAGAGGAGCUUGGAACGGAGCAGGACCAGAAUGAUGGGAACCACUACGGGGGAAGCAAAGGAGGACCUGGAUGCUCUAUCAUCAAGAAAAGAAAGCUCUGCACCACCACCAGCUGCGCCCAGCGAACGAGGUGUUUUUGGGGCGGACGACGAUAUCCCCGCGCGGCAGCGGGAGGAUCCCUCGAGAAGCGCCGCGCGAGAGGAAGAUUCCGAGCAGGAUAUUCGGCUCGCGGUGCCCAUGAGACCGGAUAAAACGGAUCUGCUGAGAGGACAGAACAAAACCUCCGCUGCAUUGAUGAAAGCAGGACGGGAUGAGGAUCCGAAUGACAAAGAUGAGGGCUUUAUCGCACAGAAAAAAGCUAGCAGGGCAUCUAUUCAUAAUGUGCAGAAAUAAACGCAAACAUAACAAGGAAAAUUGGAGCAGGGCCUGCAGCAUAUCAAUCGUGUUUGGGCUAUGCAUCACAGAUUUAUUGUGAUUACAUGACAUGCUAGCUUUUUUCUUCGGGAUUGGUUUUCACAAAAGCUUGGAGCCGACAGAAACGUACCUGGGUGAACUGGAGAAGCUGGCUCGUCCUUCUUCGCCACCAGACCAGGUUCACAAAUAAUCUCCGACCUGGAAGGAGUUCGACGGGCAUGGGCCGUAGCACUGAAAUGAUCCCGUGUUGCAUCAUUUGACGUGUGUUGUAAUUGUAAAAGACAAAUAAACCAAGAAGUCGAAUGUGGAGAAGAUCUUUCUAUGGGUUUUCUUUCCGUACUAACAUUUUCAACAGUAAAAUUUCAAAAAUGAGAGUCAUGCUUUGUAUCUAGUGCAAUUUGGUUUGGGAUUAAAACGAGAAGCUGUAAAUACGGUUAAAAAUGAUAUGACUCCUUCGCAAUCCACCCUAACGCAGAGAUUGGAAAUUUUUGAAUUUAUCAUCGUGCAUCCUUUUUAUCUAGUAGAUUCUGACUCGACGAAGUUUUUGCAUGCGCAACCAGAGAUGUUGGAGGAUGUUGCGUAUUGUACUAGGAGGCACAAGCACUCAUGCUACACUUUUUCCGCUAUCCUGCAAGUUUAUAGCAUGGGCUCUUCCUCUUCAGCAGGAACGAGAGCUACAGCUUGUUAUUGAAACGAAGCCGUAGCUUCGUUUUUUGAUGCUCGUGCUGUUCUUUAAUUUCGUCACGGCAUCGAUGUUUCAGCGCUCCUGGGCGUGCUGCAGUCGCUUCGCGCAGACGCCCGUACGAUAAGUCAAACAGAAUGGACGAAUCAAUAACACAGAGGACAUC